AUACAAUUGAACAUAGCUCCCCACGAUAACUUUUUCUAAACUCAAUUACAGAUCUGUUCAUCACACUCUUUUACGAAGAUUCCUUCCUUCGUCAACAUCGACGAUCUGUACAAGCUUUCUUUUUCUAUCGCUCUGUCAAUCGCAUUCCUUCUCUACUUUUGAUCGCAACUUCUCCAACCGUCACAUCUUAAAUAAUUCCUGAACAAUCGCAAAAUGAAGAGAAAGGCGGACGAACCCGCCGAGGGUGAUCUAAAUGAUCCCAAGGCUUCACGCACCGGUCGCAUUCAAGAUGUCGCCAAUCGUGAUCGUGUCAACAAUAUCACCAAUAUUACCAAUGACCAUAAGAACGAUGACGGUGCUAGAGAUGAUGAGAGCGCCACCAAUGACGGUGUCUCCAACUUUGGAACAUUGUCCGAGGUAGCAACUCCCGCGACCGAAGUCACCGAAGACCAACCAUCGACUCCCCAGCCCAAAACUGGGCGCAAAAAGUACCCGUCGGACUUGAAGCUGCACAAAUGCACAUGGGACAAUUGCAAAGCGGAGUUUAAUCGCCCGUGCCGACUACAGGAUCAUAUCCGCAAGCAGCACACCGGGGAGCGCCCUUACGUAUGCGGCCAGUGCGGUCAUGACUUUGCGAACAAGAAGAAUUAUGAGGAUCAUCGCAAGGGUCAUGAGAACAAGCGUGACCAUGUCUGCCCACAUGAAGGCUGUGUUCAGGAUUUUACCACUCGAGCAAAGCUUAAGCGACACAUGGCCACUCAUGAGAAGAAUGAUCCGCUGACAUGUCACGGAUUCCCUCCUUGUAGCCAGGUCUUCCGCAAGCAGGAGACCCUAGAUCGACACAUUCGAACGGUCCACCAUAACGCGGCUGGAUUCGUUUGCAACCGUCUAGAUGACCGCAAGGGAACUCUUUGCGAAGUCUCGUUCGAUAACGCCGCAUCUCUGAGACGGCACAAAGAGCAGCAACACGGUCCACUCAACUUUUGGUGCGAUGAAUGCCAGCAGGUUGGGAACAAUGUCGGGUUCCCCACGAUUGCUCAAUUAAAUGAGCACAUAAGGCAGAAUCAUCCCAAGCACAAAUGCCCAUUCUGCGAACUUCUCUUCGCAAACAUUUCGGAACUUGAGCAACACGUUGAUUCCCAUCCUAAGAAGAACAUGGAGGAACGUAAGACAGUUCCCUGUACUUGGCCUGGCUGCGGAAAUAUGUUUACUAGGAAGUCCAACAUGGCUGCGCAUGUCAAAAGCUGUCAUGAGGGUAGGCGCUUUGUUUGCGGCGAGUUCGAUGUGAGCGGUACGAAGGACUUGGCCGAUUGGCCUCUCUCCGAUGGUUGCAAGUCACUUUUCUCUACUAAGGGCAACCUCGAGAAUCACAUUCGCUAUGUCCAUCUGAAGGUCCCGCGACCCGAGCAAGCCCAAGGACAGGCGAAGGCUAAGCAACCCUCGUCCAACCUUCUCGGACAACUUGCCGGCGCGGGAGCCGCGCCCCGACAGACUCUUCGAUGCAGGGUCCCUGGCUGCAGUGCUAAGUUCACUCACAACGGCGAGCUUGGAGAGCAUCUCCAGACUACGCACCUGCUUGACCCGUCUGAUGCUCAGAAUCUCCAGCAGCAAUGGUCGGCUUCACCCAACGCAAUGCGACAACAGCUGCCGACCCUCUUCAAUAAUACGAUGCCGCAGCAGCAAUCGUUCGCGCCCUACACCAACCCGACUCUACAGCAGCAGCCUAUGUACCAUGGCAGUGCGAUGCAGGGCUCCGAGGACUCGAUGGACUUUGGGCAAGGCGAUACGCCUUUAUAUGGAGAGGCUAGCCCUCACGUGGGCUUUUAUGGAGGACAAGCACCUAGCAAUCAGGUGCCUGGAGGUGGUGAUCUCUUCGGCAACGCUACGCAGCCCGGCAACCACGAAUUUUGGAAUGAGGGCGGCAAUCAGAGUAUGGGUCAGACGUACUACCAGCCCCAGAACCAAGGCGAGGGCAACUUCCAGGCCGGGAACUUGGCGUCCGUUCAGUAGGACCAGAGCGGUUACCAACUCCAGAGCCAGCAGGGUUACCAGUACCAGAAUACUUACCAGAACCAGCUGGGUCAGUAUCA